UAGAAAAUGGGUGUAGUUCUUAAAGCUAUGUUCGCUUCCUUGGAGAUCAAGGUCUUCUUGCGGGUAUAAAAGCCCUUCCAACAGCCACAUCUAUGCAGUUGCUCACAGUAAGGAAAGCUAACAGUAUGAAAUCAUUCAUUUUUUGCCUUUUAGUGGUGGGAGUAGCUCAGGCUUCCGAAUUCAGGCUUAAGAGGAGCAUCCACGGCCAUGUCCUUCCCGGUGCAGUCGCUCCCGGUGUAGUCAUCCCAGGCGCUGUAUCACAUGGAGCUGUUCUUCCCGGAGCCGUCGCUCCAGGCGUUGUUCUUCCAGGUGCCGUCGCUCCAGGCGUUGUCCUUCCAGGUGCCGUUGCCCCAGGUGCUUUCCUUCCCGGAGCUGUAGCACCCGGUGCCGUUAUCCCAGGAGCAGUGUCCCAUGGGGCUGCUCUCGCUGGUCCAGUCAACGGAGGCGCCGCCAUCGCAGGCCCAGUCAACGGUGGAGCAGUUCUCACCGGCCCAGUCAACGGAGGUGCCGCACUCGCCGCCCCCGUCAACGGCGGAGCUGCCCUCGCUGCCCCCGUCAACGGCGGCGCCGUCCUGACCCCCCCAGUUAACGGUGGCGUUGUUGUGACCCCACCAGUCCACGGUGGUGCUGUGGUCGGAGCCCCAUGGGCCGGUCAUGGUGUCUUUGCCGCCCCCGCUGUUGCCGCCUCCCUUCUUGCCGGCCCCGCUUACGCUGCUGGUCUCGGCUAUGGACUUCACGGAGCCUAUGGUGCUCACGGUGUUCACUGGUGAUCUGUUGACGAAUAAAUGAUUUAACUUAUUGUUCAAAUUUACAUACAAUAAAUUUUAUACAUAAAAUA